AUGCAGAGGAGCGUGAGCAGAUGUAUGGACAGCAGGAUUCUUCUCUCCCUCCUCCUCUUCUCAGCCCUGGCUGUAAAGACGUCAGGGGAAUUCAAAGCUCUACGCGGAGGAUCGUCAGCAACAAUGACGUUCCGCCCUGAGCUCAGAAAGACGUACUCGAGCACCAUUCAGAAGCAGGACGCAGAGGACCUGGAGCGGCACAAGGCUCUUCUCCGCGUCCCUUCUCGCCCUUCCGUCCUGGGACAGGCAGAUCGAGUCUCCUCCUCCUCGGAGAAGCCGAGGAGGCUGCAGCUCAUCCGACCCGACAUGGAGUCAAACGAGAAUUGCGAGGGGAAAGUGCGGGAGAUUGAGGACACCAAGAAGUUCAAGGCGUUCCAGGGUACUGGGCAUGUGAUGCUGUCACCCGAGGAGGUGAAGUCUGCUUCUUCCACUGAAAUGCACAAGUUGGCGAUUGCGAGGCUUGCCAGGAUGCAGAUCAAGAUCACUGGAGGCUCCAACUUGACAGUGUCCAAGGACUCGGAGCUCAUACGAGAGGAGGAAGCUCGCUUCAAGAGAACGCAUAUGACGGCUGUCAAAUCUGUCAACGUGCAGCCCCCAGCAGAGCAGCUGGAAGACGUCAAGGAGGCGAUGGAGCAGACGGCCCGGCAGACGAUCUCUGGAGAGAAGGAGGGGGUGGACGAGCACGGGAACACGUGGAAGGAGAUCUGGGGAGUUGAUGAAGCCACAGGAAAGCGAUUUGGAUCCAAGGUUGGGUACGACGGGCAGGGCGAGUGGCAUGAGGAAUGGACUCUGAGCAAGGAUGGUCAGUUCGAGCUCACCGGAGGAAACACUCAGGGGCAUCGCUGGGGUCAGAGCUACGGAAUCUUUGAGAAUGGGACUAGUUGGAGAGAAAAAUGGCUCGAGAAG